AUGUCUUUUUUGAUAGGAGUCAGCGGAGCGUCCAGUUCGGGCAAAACAACCGUUGCAAUCACGUUGCGCGACCUUUUUCCCGGCUCUGUGCUUAUUCAUCAGGACGAUUUUUAUUUCCCGGACGAAGAUAUUCCUUUCGAUGAGGAUCUGAAAGAAUACGACUGGGACUGUCCGGAAGCCGUGAACUUUGACAAACUGAUAAGUGUUUUGCACAAAUUUAAAGAGAGCGAGUCUUAUCAGUUCACCGAAUCGUCCAAAGAAGACCCGAACUCCAGCUUGAAGGUGGACAGUGUUUGUGAAGCUGAGCUGAAACAGCUUGUUGGCAACACCAAACUGCCCCGGAUCGUCUUCGUGGACGGUUUUCUUCUCUACCAUAACCAAAAGAUCCUUGAUUUAUUAGACAUUUGUCUGUUCUACAAAACAGACUACAAAACACUUAAACAUAGACGAGAAGUUAGAAAAUACACCAUAGAUGCCGGCAUUUGGACAGAUCCACCAGGAUACUUUGACAAAAUAGUGUGGCCCCAGUACUACAAGAACCACGCCCAAUUAUUUGAGAACGCUCCCGAAAACGAGCAACAGCUCAAGGACAACACGGCUAAGCUGGUCAACCCGAAAAUCAAGACGUUCGAUAACAACGACUCCACGGACUUUAAUCAAUUGAUGCUAAAUACCGUCACAUUCAUCUGCAACAACCUAUCUCUUUGA